UUCUUUAAUAAUUAUAGAGAUUUAAGUAGAGAUUUGGAGGCUCACAAGUAGCUUUUGAGGGAUUAAGGACUUCCCGGUUCUUCUUCCAUGUCAAUAGUGUUUGAGCUAGAGAGAAUUUUAUCUAGUUCGGCCCCAAAGUCUUCUGUUAAGAUAGGCUUUGAAGUGGGGGUUUCUUCUUUAAAAAGAGUAUCAAGAAAUUGAGAAUCGUUGUUUAGCUCAGGUACUUGGAGAUCGUAGUCUUGUUUUGACUCUUCUUUGUCUUUGGGGAUGUGUUCAGUGUCUUUAUUGUUAAUGAUAAACUCUAGGAUUGGGAAAUACUCUAAUAGGUCAUCUAAAUCCAUUUGGUCAAUGUUUAAACUAUCCAAAGAGUCUUUUAGAUGAUCAAUUUCAUGCUCUAGAGCUUUAAUAUUGAGAAUUUUGUUCUCUUGAUAGCACUUUAUUGCCCAUUUUAGGAGCCAUUGGAGUCUCUCUUGACUUGAUUCUCUAAAACAUUCAGGAAUCUCUUCGUUAAUAUCUUCCCAUCAAGGAGCAUGCAUUGAGUAUGCAUCUAGUAGGAUCGAGUCAUCAGAUUCUGUCCAUUCAAGGAUCUCAUCACUCGCAUUAUUGGAUUUCAAAAAUAGAUUCGAAUAUCUGACAAAGCUCGCCUUCAGCUUCCGCAGACUCUUCAUCAAGUCUUUUGAUGCUUUCUGGGAAGUCCUUUUGAGGCUUAUCAAUGUUUGGGGUAGAGUCCAUGAUUAAGUUAUCAAAAGAUGAUUGAUCAAUUUUAACCUUGAGCUCUGGAAUUGUAUCAAAAUAAUCAUCCUUUGUUUCCUCAUCCUUGGUGUCUACAAUCAUAAAGGCUGGUUUCCUGUUCAAAGUUUGCUCUUUGAUAUAGUCAAGUUUGUCUUGGAUAAGAGCUAUAUCAUCUGUGUCUAGGAGUUCCAAUGCCUCCCCGAUAUUUCUAUGAGCUAGCUCAAAUAUCCAGUGAAUCAGUUGUUUACAUUUUUUGUCGAACCUUCUUUUAUAAUUUCUUUUCCUUUUGAUGGGAAUCUGAUUCCUAAGCCUACUUUUAAUCACCUUGAUCUGCGUUCUCACUGCAUGAUCUGUUCGAUCAGGGAAUUGGGAACAGAUGUACUUGCAGUCUGUGAUCCUACCACUCUUGUUAGUGGAGGCUUGCAUUAAAUCAUUAAGCUUCUGCAACUCGUCGUUACUCCACAGCUUCAUUUUUUUGAUAAUCUCUUUUUGGUUGAGAGGUAUU